AUGGAUUAUGCAGGAGAUGAUUAUUGUGAUGCUCACCAAGAUGAAAGUCUUGACACAAGCAGUGUUGAACCAACAUCCUACGAUCAAUUUUUCAUCAAAUUCGAGGUCGAAUUUCUUAGAGAACAAGAAGAUGAAGAUGAAGAUGAAGAACUCAAUGUGUCCCGUUUAGAGAGCAUUAUUAAAAUCGGAAUAUUUCAAGAGCGAUGUGAUCGAUUGCCCCAUAACAACUUAUCGUGGCAUAACGUUACAAGAAUGUUACAUAUAAUGGAAGUGCCGGUACAUAGACAACCAAUGAUAUUACGUCAAAUAUGUACUUUUGCUGAUAGAAUUGCUAAUGAAACUUAUAAUAGGAACAAGAAAAUAUUGCCAAUGAAAGUUUAUAUUAGCCUUCCUGUUGAUUACUUCAUUGAAGAAAAUGAAAAUAGUGAUGAGGAAAUUCGUCCUGCUAAUGAAUUGGUUGAAGAAAAUUUGGAGAAGGUGAAAAUUGAAGAAACAGAAUUGGGAAGUGAUUUUGUGUGUGUGAUAUGUAUGGAAAAGAUGGAAGUUGGAAGUGAAGCAACAAAAAUGCCUUGUUCUCAUGUAUACCAUGAGAAUUGUUUAAUGAAUUGGUUAGGGGUAAAGAGGGUUUGUCCAACUUGCCGGUUUGAGUUGCCGUCUUGA